GCACUGGACGACCACAGUAAAACACACGUCAUCACCGGCUGUCGGCCUUUCCUCAGUCAGAAGACAGAGCUCAGUCAGACCAACGAGUUCUUCAGCUUCUGUCUCAAACUCCUUGAAUCUUCCACCCAAAGUGUUGCAGUCAGUUCCAGUGUUGAUGGCCACUGUUGGUUUCUCCUUCCACUACUCAGUCCCGCCUGAGACCUUCCUGGAUCCAGAGGACGGUGAAGCAGACGCUCUUUCCCUGGAGAUCAGUUUGAUUGACGGGCCUCCCCUCAGCCUGGGUACCUGGCUGACCCUGGACGGCCUGGAGCUCCGCGGCGUUCCUCUGGAGGUGGACCUGCAGUUUGCUCCUCAGCGCCUCCUCCUGGUCGCCCGGGACAGACAGGGCCUGAACGCCUCCCUGCUGCUGACUGUGGAUCUGCAGCGAAGCCCCGUUGAACCCUGCCACGUUUUCUCCCUGACGGCUCAGCGCAGCCUCCACUCCAUCCUCCGUCAGCGCCACAGGGUGGAACUCCUGCUGAGAAAACUCUCUCGCUUCUUCAACAGCUCGAGCAGCCGCCACCUUUCUGUUGUUUCCAUGAUGCCCGGGUCCACCGUGGUGUCCUGGUACAACUGCAGCCUGUGUGAGAUGGGCCAAGUCAAGAGAACACAUUGCCACGUUGAUGAAAUACAGAGCAUGUGGUUGGCGAUGAGGUCUGCAGAUGGAUCAGUCAGCCCUGAAUUCAGAGCAGCAAUGCUUCCAGAGUUUCCUGUCACCAAAGUUGGACCUGUGAGCUACAGACAGGACUGUUUUUCUUCAAACACUACCGCGAAUCCAGGUUCAGGCACCAAUACCUCCCUCGGUCCCACCUCUAAGACCUGCGUCUCCACCUCACAACAGACUGACUCAUAUGAGUGGAUGGCGGCCAUGUUCACAGCUCUCCUCGUUGUCUGCCUUCUCAUCCUGAUCGUCCUCCUCGUCGCCGCGGCUCUCUAUUUCUGCAGAGGUCGAGGAAGGUCAAGAGCGGCGGCCAUUUGGCCUGUGAACCGCCUCCUCUCGGUCCAGAGCAGAGAUCUGAGCGCCAUCAGACCGAGGCGGCCUCCACUGCUCCAACCCGAGCUGCCCCCACCCCCGCUGAGACUGUGGAUUAACCUCACACGAGAUGACGAGAGGCCACUUCCGUUAGACUGUGAUCGAGGACGAAAAACACGUCCUCCACAUUAUGAUUUCUCAAGUUUAUAA